UUAAAACGUCGUCGUUUGUCACUUUUGCCCAUUCAUUCACACUUGCUCUAACUCUGUUUCUAUUUCUUCUUCCACACUAAUCGCCAUUGUUGCUGCUGCUGCUGCUGCAACUUCCACUCUGGUUUCAUUCGAUCGAGCUUUCGUGUUCUACGCAGCGAUGGCGCGUCGUUCCGGAGACUGCAUGAAAUGUCUGGUGAUCUUCGCUGUUGUAUCUGCUUUAGUGGUGUGUGGGCCUGCCCUGUAUUGGAAAUUCAACAAGGGUUUCGCUGGAUCCACUCGUAAGAACUCUGUUUGUCCUCCUUGCGCAUGUGAUUGCCCACCUCCUGUGUCUCUCCUCGAGCUUGCUCCUGGGCUUGCGAAUCUCUCUGUUACAGAUUGUGGAGGUGAUGAUCCAGAGCUCAAACAGGAAAUGGAGAAGCAGUUUGUGGAUCUUCUUACCGAGGAGCUGAAGCUUCAAGAAGCAGUUGCAGAUGAGCACAGCCGUCAUAUGAACGUUACCCUCGCAGAAGCUAAGAGAGUUGCAUCUCAGUACCAAAAGGAAGCUGAGAAAUGCAACGCCGCCACCGAGAUUUGUGAGUCAGCUAGGGAGAGAGCUGAAGCUUUGUUGAUCAAGGAGAGGAAGAUCACUGCUUUGUGGGAGAAGAGAGCUCGGCAAUCAGGGUGGGAAGGUGAGUAAAACUGAUUGCACUUCUCAUGUCUACCAUGAAAACCGAACUUUCCCAACUUAGCUCAAGAAAAGGAAACUGUUGAAUUGUCAAAGAAGACAAUUCUAUCCUCCAUAUAUGUAGUUUUUUUUUUGGUUUGCUUCUGGAUCAGAUUGUAGCUAAAGACAGGCUUGGCCUUGUAUUGACUCUCUUUAUAUGCAUAAUUAUAAUUGUCCAUUUCACUGCCACUAA